UACCUAUAUAUGAAAGUACAGAUCCGCAUUUACUUUAUCUCUUUCCACCUUUUCACAUUCGAUACCUGCUUACCAGAACUUUAUCUGAUAAUUUAAUUCAAUUCAAUUUGAUUCUUACAUUCUUACAUUCUUGCAUUCUUGCAUCUUUUAAUACCUAGGUAAUCUACCAAAUCUAUCGACGGCAUAGAGAUCCCCUCUUCCAAAUAUAUAUUUCUCUGCGCUUGGCAGAAGUAAGGUUACGUUACCUGCCUCUUUUGCCAUAAAUUGUUGGGACAGGAAAAGUAGGAAAAGAUAGAAGAGGAAAGAGUAUCCACAUCACAUGAACUUUUGACUUCUUUGCGAGUUUCAUUUUAUUUAGUUCUUCUUUCUUUCGUUAUAUGCGGAGCAUCUGAUCGAAAAUCCAAAUUCAUAAAUUGGAAUGCAUAUCCGGUUUUUGAAGGAGGAGCUCGAGUGUUUAGAAAGUUUCUUUCAAUCUUUACAAUCAUCACCAUCAUGACUGUUAAACAUGAAAACGUUAAAUGGGUCGAUGUAUGUUCUUUCUCUUCGUCAACCUUAUUAUCUACUCCGUAUUCCAUUAAUUAACUUUCUUACCAAUUCAUGAUCAAAAAACUAAUAACAAUAUUCAGGGUCUUCGAGGAAUCGCAUCACUAUUAGUAGUCUCCACUCAUAUCGCCCGAGCCUUCGAUAGCGACCUUUUCCUCCCCAGCUCCGGCGAGGGACUUCGACCUCGAUUUUUUCAACUUCCCAUCCUUCGAGUUCUCGUCCAGGGACGUAUUGGAGUUACUAUUUUCUCCCUCGUAACGGGAUACGUAUGCGCUCUUAAACCUAUUCGACAAUGUCGAGCUGGGAAUCAGCCGGCUUGUUUCAGUACUAUUUCUCGCUCUGCGUUUCGUCGUGUUCCUCGGCUGGUUUUACCAACUACUAUUGCUACCACUAUCAUUUGGUUUUUGUGUCAAUUUGGGAUUUAUAAAAUUGCGAAAAGAUCGGAUAGUUGGUGGAUUGAAGCGACGUCUCCGGAUAUUACGCCCUAUUUUGGCGAUGCGGUUAAGAGUUUGUUGUAUCAUUUAAUUACGACUUGGACGAGGGGGUGGAAUAUUUAUGAUGGGAAUCAAUGGACUUUAUUACCGUUGCUGAAGGGUGCCAUGUUGGUUUAUGUUUUUAUGUUGGGGACUGGUGGGAUGAAACCGAGGUACAGGAUGAUGUCUAGUAUGGCGUUGUUUGUUUAUUUUUAUGUUGCGAAUGAUUGUGAGUUUUGUCUUUAUUUUGGUGGUUAUUCCUGGCCUACUUCAUAAGUCAUGGCUUUUAUCAUGCAAUUACCCAAACACUAACCCAAUUCAUCCUUCAGCUGCAUUCGGAAUGCAAUUCUUCUUCGGAACUUUUCUCUCUGACCUCUCUCAACAUCCACCACAUACCCAAUGGCUCACAACAGUCACAUGGCCACGUUAUUAUUUAGCCCCGGCACUCAUGCUCCUAGGCUUAAUAUUCGCCUCUUAUCCAGAGGGUAAACCCGAACUUCAACCCUGGUCCCAAUCCCUCCAUAACCUCUCACUCUGGAUUUUCCCCAACGACCCGGAUAUCCCACGUUAUUACUCUGGUAUCGGACUCGAUUUAAUCGCCCUCGGUAUCCAUUUCUCCCCGCUAUGUAAAGAUUUCCUCUCAAAUCGCUAUCUCCUCUGGUUCGGAAAAAAUAGUUUCGCAGUCUAUCUUAUUCAUGGAACUCUUUUGAGAACAUUAUUAAUAUGGAUGCUAUAUGGUGUAUCAAUGCCUGAAGAUUCGAUUAAUGAGAAGGGUGAAAUGGUAAAAGGUGUAUUGCAUAUGUGUGGUAGAUGGAGAUGGUAUUCGAUGUUGUUUAUUUGGUUUGUCAUUUUAUAUGUCUUGGCUAAUGCGUGGACGAAGUGGGUAGAUCCGUGGUGUGGGAGGGUUACUCAGAGAUGUGAGAGGUAUGUUUUUGAGGAGGAUGGAGGUGAGGAGAGGGGAGGUGGAGGUGGGAGAAUGCAGAAUGGAGGGGUGGAGAAGGGUUUACUUGGUUGAAGGAUGAUAUGAUUGAUGUAGGAUGUGAUUUUUUCGGAUUGUUAAGUGGAGCGGAUCCAGCAGUUUAUCUUGGAGUUUGCAAUCGCGAUAUACCUACUUACUUGUGAUAUGAGCGGUGGGAUGAAUCUUUUUCUUGUGGCGAAAUAGUAGGGUUGUAUGCUUGCAUAUAACAUAUGUAUAUAAAAAGCUAGUAGCUAUAUUUGCUCGGAUAUGGGAUAUGGGAUAUGAGGCUAAAGGGAUAUGGAAAUAUGGGAAUUGAAAGAUGAUUUUGAUCAUCCAUUAGCCAUUAGCUACUCGUAUAUAGUAGGAAGGAAGUUUAUCGGAAUGUUGUUAUUAGGGAAUGAAUGGGUGGAAGUAU